AUGGCCUCACACAUGAGCAAUGGCACGACGCGAGAUUUGAUAUCGUCGUAUUAUGUCCAAGGAAAACAAAUCUUCCUGAUUCCACUCACCUUUCCCAAUGUCACACAAGCAGGCUGCAACCUCGAAAGAAUCAGCUAUGGAGGCGAUGUAUGGGAACUUCGAGUCGACCUGCUAAGACCCGACGAGGUGACUAAGCUACCCACCAAGGAGUAUGUGCUCUCACAACUAGAGUGGUUGAGACGAGGCUCGGACAUGCCCAUCAUCUUCACCAUACGGACAGUUUCACAAGGAGGCCAGUUUCCGGAUGGUGCAGCACCUGAAGCCCUUGAACUGAUGCUUCUCGCCGCCCAAUUCGGGUGCGAGUAUAUCGACGUGGAGUUUUCUUGGCCCGAGUCCCUGAAGCAGGAGAUCGUCAAGCAUAAGGGAUCCAGUAAACUUAUCGCCUCAGUUCACGACUGGACUGGAGAGGUCAGAUGGUCAGAUUCAUUAUUUGAGCACUACAUCAAACAGGAUACUUACGGAGAUAUCCUGAAGCUCAGCUUUCAGGCCACCGACAUUGCGGAUUGCCACGAACUGGCAUUACUGCAACGGAAAUAUAGGACACAAUCGAGCAAACCCGUCCUUUCAGUGGCUAUGGGCCCGCCAGGGCAGCUGUCCCGCAUCAUCAGCCCGAUUUCUUUUGUCACCCAUCCUCUUCUACCGGCCCCAUCAGCAGCGGGACAGAUAUCCCUCGCGCAGGUCAACCACGCAAAAUAUCUGAUGGGGCAAUUGCCAAAACGCAAUUUUUACAUCUUUGGGAAUAACAUUUCUCAUUCGCUAAGUCCCACCAUCCACAAUACUGCGUUCGCCGAGCUAGGCCUGCCACAUCAUUAUUCGAUACAUGAAACUCUUCAGAUUGACAAUACUGUGUGUGAUCUGAUGCGAAAGCCCGAGUUUGGCGGCGCGUCGGUCACAUAUCCCCAUAAGCUGAACAUUCAACCGCUCCUGGAUUCCGUGUCAGAUGCUAGCACCAGGCUUGGAGCGGUGAAUACAGUCAUUGUUGAAGAUGGCAAGUCCGGCCGGACGCUCCGGGGGGAUAACACCGAUUGGAUUGGUAUCCUGAGGUGCAUUCAGAGUAGUGGGUUGACCAAAGUUGACGUGGGUCUCGUCGUCGGGGCUGGCGGUGCGGCACGCGCGGCUGUGUACGCGUACCAGCAGUUGGACAUUCAACGCAUAGGUCUUGUGAAUCGAACCAGGAGCACCGCGGAACGGCUGGUGGCCGACUUUUCCCCCUCAAAAAUUGACAUAUACGGGUCUCUGGCUGAAGCGCCGGCCGCAAACGUGAUUGUCAGUUGCAUCCCCGCAGACGACGUGAGCGAAGCCGACAUCCCAGAGCACAUUUUCGCGAGCGGCGCCGGGGUGGUGAUUGAAAUGGCCUAUCGCCCUCCGGUCACUGCCCUCAUGCGUGUUGCAUCACGCCAAGCAAGGUGGAAGGUGGAAAAUGGCGUGGCUGUGUUGAAAGAGCAAGCAUAUUGCCAGUUCGAACUGUGGACGGGCAGGCGUGCUCCUGUUCUAGCGAUUCGGGAAGCUUUAGACAAAAGGAAUGCGGCCAAGCCGUAA